AGGCUUGGCUCUGAUCAGCCUAAAAGGAGGGCGCCAAGUUAUGAGCCGAUGAUAACUAACUGGGCCCUGAGUCGUGCCCGUGGGCCGGGAGGACGGAUAAAACAGGCGGCCCAGCUCAGGGGCUGCUUUCUCUGUGUCCUGCUUGCAGCGUUCCUGGUGGGGUGGGCAGCAGCUCAGGAGAGGCCAGCUGUGCUGGGGUGGGCAGGUGACCACCCGAUCUCACAGACCGAGCCCCCUCCCCACCCACCCAGACAGCCCACAACCCUCAGGUGCCAGCUGGGGCUGGUGGGAGCCAGACGCCAGCCAGCAGGCGGGGUAAGGACCCUCUAGACCGGCAUGGCAACUGCAGCAUGCGAGCCCAUGGCCAGGCCCAGCCUGACCUCCAUCUCGUCGGGGGAGCUGCGCAGCCUUUGGACCUGCGACUGCGAGCUGGCCCUGCUACCGCUGGCACAGCUGCUGCAUCUGCAGCCAGGCGCCUUCCAGCUGCGUGGCGAUCAGCUGGUGGUGCCUGGGCCAGGGAACCCAGGAGCAGUGCACGGGGGCUUUAAUGUCUUUGGCGACGGCCUGGUGAGCCUGGAUGGGCAGCUCUACCGCCUCAGCAGCUACAUCAAGAGGUAUGUGGAAUUGACUAACUACUGUGAUUAUAAAGACUAUAGGGAGACUAUACUGAGCAAACCCAUGCUGUUCUUCAUUAAUAUACAAACCAAAAAAGACACUUCAAAAGAAAGGACAUACGCAUUUCUUGUGAACACAAGGCAUCCCAAGAUAAGAAGACAGCUGGAGCAGGGGAUGGACAUGGUCAUCUCCUCUGUGAUUGGAGAAAGCUACCGACUUCAGUUUGACUUUCAAGAAGUAGUGGUGAAUUUUUUCCCUCCAGGAACUGAAGUGAUUCACGGAGAAAAUCUGAGCUUUGCAUAUGAAUUCAAGGCUGAUGCUUUAUUUGAUUUCUUCUAUUGGUUUGGGCUCAGCAACUCCACUGUGAAGGUGAAUGGGAAGGUCUUGAAUCUUUCAAGUACAAGACCUGAAAAGAAGGAGACAAUUAAGUUAUUUCUGGAAAAGAUGAGUGAACCUUUAAUCCGAAGGAGCAGUUUCUCUGGCCGGAAAUUCAGUGUAACUUCCAGAGGUUCAAUAGAUGACGUUUUCAACUGCAAUCUGUCACCCAGCUCCUCUCUGACAGAGCCUCUUUUGGCAGAAUUACCAUUUCCAAGUGUUUUGGAAUCUGAAGAGACACCCAACCCAUUUAUCUGAUUGGACAGAACAUUCUUGCUUUCACCCCUGAAUACCAGGCCUUUGCCACAAUAAAGGUUGAGGGGAGGGAGAUGGUGAGAGGCAGGCACUUUCACCCCCUUGUAGUACCCUCCUUCUUCCCAUGGCUUUGAUGGAAAGGCUUCAGGCUUCAUUUUCCUGGGCAUGGUGUCCUGGCAGGCUGGGUUUAACUGGUUUCCUCCCAGGUUAUGGUUACAAGGAUGGAAAAGCUUUGGCCAAAUGGCUUGAGAAAGGGGCAGGCUUCCUCUAUUUUCAACACUUCUCCAAAGAGACAGGAGGAACAGAAUGUCCUGCUUAGCAUAGGCACCCUGAGAGCUUUCCUAAGGGCCUUUGUAGGAGGUGUCUGUCUUGAAUGUUGACCUGUGAUGUUUUGUAAGUUGGGGGUGUGGCACUUGGCUGGGGAGAUCCUUGUUCACACCCAAACCUAGCAAAUCUAGGCAAACACCACCACUAUUUGUCCUUUGGGACAAAAGACAAAUGAGAUCUUUCAUCCUGUCCAUGUGAAACCUUAUGAGAAAUGUUCAACAUCGAGUUUAUUGGAGGACUGGCUAGGCUGUCCCCCACUGCCUGAAAUGUAAACCCCACUUGGCAUGCUCCUUCACCUUCUGCCCCUUGCAGAAUAAAACCAGGUGGGGUCGUAGCAAUCCAUGGCAGGGUAAGAAUCCAUAAUGCACAUGACAGUGUCCCCAUUUUGACAGCCCAUCGAGUCACUCGGGCAUUUAAAACAUGCUCCCAGCAAUGCUCACAUGAAAAGAAAAAUAGAUGAAAGCUGUAUCAUUACCAGAACGCAUCGCUACAUCAGUGUAUUUCCACCUCAUCCUCACAGUGGAAUUCUUCCAAAGAAAAAGAAAUUUAUCCAAUCUCCAUAUGAAAGCUUGCACAAAUGAAUCACUACAUAUGCUCCUAAUGAGGAAACUUUAUGGGUAUUGUUUUUCUAUCAUUAAGAACAUAUUCCUGUAUUAUACAGUUGGAUAGCACUGCCAGUGAUCCUGCCAUUCACAUUUGAAAUGUUAUGCAGUAUGUUUGCACAAUUAAAAUAUUUCUUAGCAUUCAAAGUAGAAUUGAUUAAAUUGUGACCCUGGGCUGGUGUGAUUGGUGACAUGUGGUUUGUGGCUGUGUAUGUGCCUUGUCAUUAACUGAUAAAAAGAAUUGUGGUUUCUAGAAGAGCCUUUUGGAGAACAAGGUCAUGAAGUUUUUGGAGGAAGAAAACAAAAUUUGAUACCUUUCAGAAAAGAGGAGAGAAGUAUUACUCAGUAACAGAAGAGAAUAAACAUCCAUUAUUCAAUUAAAAAUCAAUUCAGUAAAUAAAAGUAUUGACAAUAAGUUUUGUAUCAGUGCAAACAAACCUUCAGUGGACAUGAAGUAUUAAAUGUUUCUCAAACAAAACAGAAAUUCUAUUCCCAAAAUCGAACUGAGAAGAACCAUAGUAGUCACCCCAGGAAUAAAGAUUUAGGGGAUUUCUUUUGCCAUUAAAAACUUUAGUUGUCUCUGAAACAAGUGAAUUCAUUCAUUCAGUACUCAUACAGCAAACAUUUAUCAACUGCCUUCUAGGAACUAUGCAUGGUUGCUAGUGUACUUUCAUAGCAAAUAUUACCCAAAAAAUGAGACUAGGAAAUCUAUAAAAAUCAUCACAAAAUCUAUCACAGACCAUGCUAGAUAAAACAGACAUCAGUCUGGAUAUUUUCCUCAUGUGGGUAUUUUAACGGGUUAAGAUCGAUAGAAAUCUGUCAGAUGACACUAUGAUUUCAGCAUAGUUUAUCUCUACUGAAAAUUCAUGCUGAAACGUAAUCCCAAAAGACACUUGUUAAUGGUAUUCAGAAGUGGACUUUGGGAAGGUUACUAGGAUCAGAGAAAGUCUCAAUGAUUGAGCCCUCAUGACGGUGUUAGGGGCUUUAUGAGAAAAGAAACCCAAGCCAGCCAGCUUUCUCUGACUUACCAUGCAAUUCCCUGCACCAACUUAAUUCCCUGCAGGGUGUCCCCAAGCAAGAGAUGUUCAAGAAGCUGAGAAAAAGCCAGCACCAUGCUCUUGGGCUUUAGAACCAAAAUGUACCUCUGUCCUUUAGAAAGUAUCCAGCCUCAGGUACUUUGUGAUAGUAGCAGAAACUUUUCUGACACACAACAAUGACCUAAGCAAUUUUUCCACUCAACCAACUCAUUCAACACACCAUAUGCCUAUGGUGUGACAUACACUGAGGUAGAUGCUAUAGCAGACAGCAAUGCCUAAACAUCUUGCUUUCAUGGAGAUUCUAAUUGUUCACUUUAAAAAAGAAAGAAAAAUUGGAGGCUAUAGCUCAGGGUUCUUAGCAUGAACAAGGUCUUGGUUUCAAUCCCUAGCACCAAAUUUAAAAUAUAAAAAUAAAAAGCUAAUGUACAUGUUAACAAGAACAAUAAUAAGAGAAACUCAAAAGGGGAAGUAUCAAGGACACCUGUGAUGUAGUUUGGGUGCAAAAUUAUAAAUUUAGUUCGAAAACAAAUAUAUGAUGACUGAUUUAUCCAAAUGAUUUACCAGGAGCUAUUAUUUAGGCCAGCAAAUUCGAAAUCCAGAAAUUAUUUAUACAGUGAAGACAUUAUUUUUCCUCAUGGUCAGAAUUUGAUUUUUGGCUACAGGAUAACAUUUAUCAAAAUGAUCACCUAACCUUAAUGUUUAGCUCAAAUGCAUUUUUUUUUAUGGUUUUAAAGAACCAAUUUAUCUUCAAAGAGCAAAACUGUUUUCCCCACUGGAGAAAUUUAGAAGAAUGUGUGUGUCAGUUUCAAAAGGGAUUUUCUCAAGAAUUUCAAAAACGCUGUCAGUAGUAGCAGUAUCAUUAAAAGUUAC